UUUAUCUUGUUGAUUUAAAAAGAAAAUUUUGUUUGGGGGUUCCUUCGAGAUCGGGCGCCGCAGAGAAAUAUUUGAAUUCACUACAGCUUCAACGCGAUCGAGGCAGAUCCUCUCUCCGGAAAAACUCGAAUCGCUCCGGAAUCGGCGCUAUUGCCGCCUUCAUCUCACCGGAAAACCCAAAUGGUGAAGGCUCUGCAAGGCGCGGGGCAGAAUUUGCCGGCGGAUGUAAGCCAGUUGAUCGAUCAGUUGGAGCGUCACUGCUUGGCUCCCGAUGGAUCUCUCGUCACCAAAACGGCUUACUACGAUCUUCAACUCGCAAGAGAAGAAAUGUCGCGGGAGAGAUUGCGGUACUUGGAAGCUAUGGCAAUUUAUUGUGAGGCUAUAGCUAUGGUGGAAGAAUAUCAGCAGGCUGUUUCGGUGGCUAGCCUUGGGGGAAUUCGAGAUGUCCAGGGGCUAUAUCCCCAACUUGGCUUGAAGAACUCUCCCCAGGUGUAUGAGAAUCUAGAACACCGGUUAGUUGUUGCUGAGGCGGCCCAGAGAUUGAGGCUACCUCUUAUAUCAGAUGACGGUGAAAUUCACGAGGAAGAGAUUGAAAAGUGGAGUAUACUAUCAAGAAGCUCUCUUGAUAGUACGAGCACGAGUUUCACAAUUAGUUCAAAUUCUAACUCUGUGAAUUACACUACUAGUUCAGUAAACAGCGCUUCUGGUGGGGCAAAUCCUAGUGCUGCCGACAUGGAACUUGGAGUUGGCGGUGUUCCUAAUCGUUUUCUUGGACUAACACCAGCUUAUUUAUGCCAUGUCCAGCUCCAAAAUAUGCCUAUGUCCAUGGAUAUGGCUGACUACCAGAUGUUUCUUGCCCGUGAGAUAGAAGCCCGACUGAAAGAUAAAUGUGAUAAAUUGGCAUAUGCUAUUGUUGAUGACGCUGAUUCAUCUUCAGGAAACCAGAACUCAAGUGCUCGACUUCCAGAAAGGGUUAAGUUGAUAAUUGAAGAGAUUGAAAGGGAAGAAGCGGAUCUUAGAGAAGACCUCUACUCAGCUGAUAGGAAGUUCACAGAGUAUUACAAUGUCCUGGAACAAAUACUAGGAGUGCUUAUUAAGCUUGUGAAGGAUCUUAAGUUGCAACGUCAACACGAAUAUGAUGAGCUGCAGAAAACUUGGCUGUGUAAAAGGUGUGAGACCAUGAGUGCAAAAUUAAGGGUUUUAGAACAUGUUCUCCUGCUUGAGACAUACACCCGUGAGUCGAUACCAGCCCUGCACAAGAUCAGGAGUUAUCUUGUCGAAGCCACUGAGGAAGCUUCAGCUGCCUACAACAAAGCGGUCACGCGCCUCAGAGAGUAUCAAGGCGUGGAUCCGCAUUUCGAUACCAUUGCGAGGCAGUACCACGACAUUGUACAGAAGCUGGAGAAUAUGCAAUGGACGAUCCAUCAAGUGGAAAUGGACCUCAAACGAUUACCUGAUCGGUAAAUAAUCCCCCUAUCAUUACUCUCUCAUGGUGUCAAUGGUGUGAAUAUUUUUGUCUUCUUAUUGUCUGUUCCUUUAUUAUUAUUUUUAAGAUUAAAAUCUUGUUGCUACGUAUUUGGACAUUUGUCUUUUGAAAUUCUGGAUCGAGGAUUCCGUAUUUACUCACAUUCAUAUCCCAAGUUUCAAAUGUUAUUUAUA